AUGGAGAUGAGGAGAAGACUUCUGCUGGGGCUGCUCUCUGUACUGGGGCUUGCAGUGCAAGCGUCUGAUGUUGCCGGUCAGAAUGAGUUGCCUCCAUUUUGUGGCCAUUAUGAUUGUCCAAAGUAUCAGCUGGUGAAACAAUUUAAUGACUUUGAACUCCGUCACUACCAAAAUACUCGUUGGGUCACAACUUCACUAAAACAGGACGUUAUCGGCAUAGGAAUGGUGACUGGCUUCCAUCGUCUGUUUAUGUAUAUCAAUGGGAACAAUGCUGAAGGACUGAAGAUGAAUAGGACAGUACCUAUGAUGGUGUAUAUGCCAUUAAAACAACCACCUGCUGGUAAUGCCACAAUGUCCUUCUAUGUGCCACAAGAAGUGAAGAAACCUCCAACACCUACAGACCCUGAAGUUUACCUGGAUACAUUUCCUGCAGCUUCUGUAUAUGUGAAGACUUUUGGAGGAUAUGCCUUUAAUGCUAUGUAUGUCACACAAGCUAAAGCCCUAGCAGAGAACCUGAGGUUCCUUGGUCUGCAGUUUGAUGAUACAUACUUCGUAAGUGCUGGCUACAAUUCUCCUUUUGACUUUUUCAGCCGCCACAAUGAAGUGUGGUACAUGGCAAAGUCCUCUCGGCAGUGGGAAUUCCUUGAUCUAUCUGCUGCUCUGCCCUGGGUGUGA